AUGGCUGUUACUUGGAGUACACAAACAUUAGCAAAUGAAAGUUAUGUAGAAUACAGUUUAUGGAAUGAAGAAUUAACUUUAAGAGAAAAUGCUACUAUUUCAAAAUUUAUUGAUGGUAGUAGUGCACAUCGUGUAUUAUAUAUGUAUAGAGCUAUUUUAAAAAAUCUAACAAUGAAUACAGUUUAUAUUUAUCAUGUGGGUAGUUUAAAUGGUUGGAGUGGAAUAUAUUCAUUUCGAACAAUACCUAAUGAAAAAAGAAAAUUAUUUGCUGUUUAUGGAGAUUUAGGUGUUGUUAAUGCACAGAGUUUAGCACGUUUACAAAAAGAAGCUCAACUUGAUUAUUAUGAUGCUAUUUUACAUGUUGGUGAUUUUGCUUAUGAUAUGGAUAGUGAUCAGAGUCGUGUUGGUGAUCAAUUUAUGAAUCAAAUACAAGAAAUAGCUGCAUAUGUACCAUAUAUGGUCUGUCCUGGAAAUCAUGAACGUAUCUAUAAUUUUUCAAAUUAUAAAUCUCGUUUUACAAUGCCAUCAAAUGGUGAUGGUGAAAAUCUUUGGUAUAGUUAUAAUUUUGGUUUAGCACAUAUAAUAAGUUUUUCAACUGAAGUUUAUUUUUGGUGGGAAUAUGGUUUUGCACAAAUAUCAAAUCAAUAUCGUUGGCUUGAACAAGAUCUAAAAUGGGCAACAGCAUCAGAAAAUCGAACAAAAUAUCCAUGGAUUAUAACAAUGGGUCAUCAACCAAUGUAUUGUUCAAAUGCUAAUCAAGAUGAUUGUACAUUUUAUGAUAGUCGACCUCGUUCAGGUUUACCAUAUAUUCAUACAUAUGGAUUAGAAAAAAUGUUUUAUGAUUAUGGUGUUGAUUUAGAACUUUGGGCACAUGAACAUUCAUAUGAAAGAUUUAAACGUCAUAUCAAACGUUUCCCUCUUCAUUAUGUUUAA